AUGUAUCUCAAUAUUACAAUUUAUCUAUCAAUAAAUUAAUUAUUUAAUCGAUCAAUAAAUCAAUAAAGAAAACAACUUAAUUGGUUUGAAUUCACAAUAUAAAUCAUUAAAAAGAAAAAAUUUGGUAUAUCAAAUAGUGAACAAAAAAUUUAGAUUUUAAAUUGCAUUAAGAUAUAAGUAAGUAAGUAGUAGCAGAAAAUGGAAUUCGAUGAAGAUUUUGUUGUCAAAGAAAAAUUUAUGAAAGUCUAUAAAAAUGGUGAUCCUAUGAUGAAGCCGAUUGAAAUCAAGAUACAAAAAGGAUUAACUUUAAAUAAGAUAGCAAAUACAUUAGAACAAAAGACAGAUAUGAAGAAUAUUAGAGAAAUUAGACUAUUUAACUAAGAAGGGGUUGAAUUGUAUGAUGAUGAUCUUUUAUAUUUGAAAGAUAAAGCUAUAGUUUAUGCUUCUAAAGGUGAAGAUUUUGAUGCCAACUCAAGUUUUUCAGAAUAUAAUCUUGUAAAGGUGUUAGGUGAAGGAGGUUUUGGAUAAGUAUAAUUAGGACUUCAUAAGAUAACUCAAGAAAAGGUUGCAAUUAAAAUAGUUAAAACGAAUAUUAUAGGAAACGCCUCAGAUAUUGAUAUGGUCUUUAGAGAAGCUGAAAUUUUAAAGUCUUUAAAUCAUAAAAAUAUAGUUAAGAUUAAGAAUUGCUAUACAUUAUCAGAUAUGAAAGUAGUUUUUAUUAUGGAGUAUUUAGAAGGUGGAGAGCUAUUAGAUAGAGUUGAUAAAGUAGGUCACUUUACUGAAGAAUAAGCCAAAGUUUACUUUAAAUAAAUUGUAGAUGCCAUGAAUUACUGUCAUAAGAACAAAUUAAUACAUAGAGAUUUAAAAUUAGAAAAUCUUCUCCUUGUAUCUGAAAGUUCCGAUCAAAUAAAAGUUGUAGACUUUGGUAUUGCAGGGGUAGCUUCUAAGCAAAGCGUAGAGAAUAUAGAUGCAGGUAGCUUAAGAUACAUGGCUCCUGAGGUUUUAAAUGGUAAAACUAAACAAAUAACUCCAGCUAUAGAUGUUUGGGCUAUGGGUGUCAUCCUAUACAUGAUGAUAGUAGGUGAGUUCCCUUUUAAUGGACCAAAUAAUAAUGUAAUAAUGGAAAAAAUUACAGAAGGCGUGUAUGAAAUACCAAAAGACAUAAAAAAGAAACUUUCAAAGGAGUGUUUAGAUGUAAUUGAAAAAACUCUUUAAGUUGAUCCAGCAAAUAGAAUAAGCACAGUAGAUUUGAUGAAUCAUCCUUUCAUAUCAGAAACAAACAUCACUAUAAAGUUUAUUGAAGAAGAGAAUAAAUCUUAGGCUGGUAGUGAUAAUGCUUCCACUAAAUAACCUUCAAAAGUUAAUACACCUAUUGAAAAACCAGUUAUUUAAAAAACCAAUUCUGUAAUUGUAGGAACAAAAAAUGUAAUUUCAUAAAGUAAUUCUGGAAGUGGUAGCACUAAAUCAGGUGCAGCUAAAAAACCAACUGUUUCUACUAAUCCUAAAGGAAGUUUAACACCAUAAGCAGGAUAAGUUAAAAAACCAGUUGAUAAUAAAAGCGGUUUUAGCAGCGCUGUAAGUAGUAGAUUCAGUAAAAAAUGA